GUACAUAAAUACCAUAACACAUUUCGCUCGUAAUUAUCACUACGCUUUAUUAAAAGCCCAAAUCCGAGUCCAAAUCUAGUUACAGCCAUUCAAACAUUAAAGGUGCAACCGAUUUCGACUAUCAUACAUAUUACACGUCCAUUAGCAUCAGUUGAUAAGUUUCGUUUUUUCGUUUCGUUGUUGGUGAAAUUUAAAUAUCGAAGUGAUUGAAACCUUUGUUGGCGGCAACAAAGUUCAAAGUUGGAAUUUAUCAGCAACAACCACCGAAGCAAUCGAAUUCCAUUGUGAUAUCGCUGGAGACUCUCCUCAUCCGAAAAAAGUGUCAUAUUUUUCAAUAAGUUUCAAACAUUUUUCUUUUAAACAUGAAAGUGAUUAUCUUUGCAACAAUUGUAGCCGUGUGUAACUGUGCAAAGUUAGACAACACAUAUUUGCCACCACCCGAUGCACAGAACUCAGGCGGAAACGGUUUAGCGCCGCCAAAUCAAAGUAAUGGAAAUGGUAACAAUGGAUUCAAUGGUAACAACGGUAACGGUAAUGGAUUCGGUCAACAAAAUCCACAGCAAGGCUUUGGUGGUAAUCAGCCACAAGAAUCACAACAGCCACCAAUCGCUAUUCUAUCCUAUGAAAAUGAACCAAACUACGGUGACGGUAGCUACAAAUACUCUUAUGAAACGGAAAACGGUAUCAAAGCCGAGGAGCAGGGCGAAGUGAAGAACAAAGGCACUGAUAAUGAAAUCCAAUCGGUUCGCGGUUCGUACAGUUACACUGGACCAGACGGUGUCUUGUAUACUGUAACAUAUAUAGCCGACGAAAAUGGUUUCCAACCACAAGGUGCACACAUCCCAACUCCAUCACCAGCUAUUCAACAAGCUAUCGCUGAACAACAGGCUGCUGCUGCUGCAAAUGGACAAAACGGCAACGGCAAUGGAAACAAUGGCAAUGGAAACGGUAACGGCAAUGGAAACAAUGGCAACGGAUUCCAACCUCAAAAUGAUUUCGCUUCAAAUGGUAACAAUGGCAAUGGCAACGGCAAUGGAUACAACUACCAACAACCUCAAAAUGAUUUCCAGCCAAGCAACGGCAACGGGAACGGCAACAACGGGUUCAACGGCUACCCAAGCAAUCGGCCACAAAAUGACUUCCAACCAGCUCCAUCGUACAACAACCCAAAUAAUCAAUACAUACCACCACAGGCCGAUGCACCUCAACCACAACCUCAACGACCCAAUAACGCAUACAUUCCACCAGCCCAAAAUCAAAAUCGCCCAAAUGGCAAUGGAAACGGCAAUUUCAACCCACAAAACGGAUAUAGAUACUAGGGCGGUCUAAGAUCUAGCUCAAUCUCAAUCCCAACAACAUCAACAAUAACAAACAAUAUCAAUCAAGUACUAAACACGGUCGAUAAAAUAGGAACAAAACAAAAUAUGACGACGCAAACUACUCCUUCAGGCUAUUCUACGAUCCUCCCCUACUCCGAUUUCGUUACCAUAAACUAAGUUUUACCCUUUCAGAUGGCUUCUUCAUUACUUUUUUUUCGUCUUUCAUCCCUAUCAUAAUUAAGCGAUUAUUGCCAGUAAAUUUAUGUUUUAGCUAUAAAAAAAUAAGCAAAUUCAAGUGAAGCGACAAAGAAAAAAACCAAUUGUUCGAGCAAAAAGAAAAGUACACCGAUAAAAUUCAUUCAAAUUCAUUCAAAUUAUUUCGCCGGCGGACGGUUUGAUGAUAGAGAGAAUUGAAUGGGAUUACAAGGUUCCAUUUUAUUUUUUAUUGAGUGAUCAUUGAAAUAGGAAUAUGGACAUUUUGUUUGUACAUAUAUUCAAUCCGAAUUCACAAUCCACCAACAUAUCAAUACAAAUUGUCAGCAGAACCUAUUCAAACAAACAUAUCAUUUUUAUUUUAAAAAAGUGUAAUUAUGUUAUUGACUAAUCAUCAUAAUUGAACAAAAAAUAACAUACAUACGGAGCUUUGCUAUCAUGAAGAAAGAAAAAAAAUAAACAUUUGUAUUUAAUUCAAGUAUAGUAUGUUGAAUAAACGAAUCGAAAAUUUACAACAACAAAA